AUGAAGUCCUCAAUAUGUUGUGCAGCCGCUUUGGCGGCCCUGACGGCAUCCGCUAAGAAGACAAACCCAUCGUCCCAUCAGUUCUUCUACAAGGGCCAUGAUCUAUCAUCGCUGGGCACGAUGGAGGCCUCGGACAGCUUCUACGUUGACACAGCCCGUGGCAACCUCACGCGGCCAGCCGACGACAUCCUAGCCGACGGAGGCAUGAACGGCGUGCGGCUGCGCCUCUGGGUCGACCCGGAGGGCGGCACCAACGGCUUCGAGUACACGCUCGCGCUCGCGGAGCGCUUCCAGGCCAAGGGCCAGCGGCUGUACCUGGACUUCCACUUCAGCGACAGCUGGGCGGACCCGCAGAAGCAGCCGACGCCAGCGGCGUGGCCGACGCCGGACCAGGGCGUCGGCGCGCUGGCCUCGACGCUGCGCGAGUACGUCAACGAGACGCUGGUGGCCUUCAGCGAGGCCGGCGUGACCUUCGACAUCGUGGCGCUGGGCAACGAGGUGCGGCACGGCAUCCUGUGGCCGCUGGGGUACGUGGACGUCGACACGGACGACGCCUCGCUGGCGGCCAACUUCACCAACCUCGCGACGCUGUACAAGGCGGCGCGCAAGGGCGUGGACGACGCCGCGCGCGCGUGCGGCCCGCGCCACGCCCGGCCACAGACGAUGAUCCACGUCGACAACGGGUGGAACCUGACGCUGCAGCAGCGGUGGUUCGGCGCGCUCGAGGACGCCGGCGUGGCCCGCCACGAGUGGGACGUCUUCGGCUUCAGCUUCUACCCCUUCUACGGCACGUCGGCCACGCUCGCCAACCUGCGCGACACGCUCGGCUGGCUGGCCGAUGAGUACCGCAAGCCGCUGCACGUCGCUGAGACUGAUUACCCGGCCAUCUGCAACGGCCAGUACAACCCCAUCCCCGAGUCGUCGGAGCCCGAGAUCCCGUACAACGUCGACGGGCAGAUCGAGUGGAUGCGCGAGGUCGUCCAGGUGGUGAGGGAGGUGCCGCGCGGACUGGGUCGCGGUGUGUGGUACUGGGAGCCGGCCUGGUUGAACAACACGUCGCUGGGAAGUGCAUGCGAGGACGCCAUCCUGUUCAGGCCGGAUUAUAGCGGGUGGCCAAAGACGGUUGGUUAUUCGAGGCCCUCUGUGGACUUCUACUUGAAUGUCUAG